AUGACAAGCAUUUUGCCUCCCGAGGAUGAGAAAACUCCACGUCAAAGCUGCUCGGUGCCAGAAGAUCCCGAUCUUGGCAAAGAUCACUUCUUCCAAAAUGUGCGCUUUUGUUGGUUAGGAAAAAACUACCUUCUUGCUAUUGAUAAUCAAGGAUAUUGCUGCUGCUGUUGGGCUUUCUCCGCGACCGAAGCCAUAACGGUGGCUUAUGCUCUUAAGAAUGGCGGAAUAAUCAUCCCACUCUCAAAACAACAACUUAUAGAUUGCAUGUUUCACUAUUCUAAAAUGCCUGCUCGAUUUGCAAACUUGGAGAAGAAUGCAUGCUUCCCUUACCAUUAUAAUAAGGCAUACGAAUCUGCUGUGGAUCAUGGUAUAAUUGAAGAAAACAAAUAUAAAUAUACUGAGGCAAGAGGUGAAUGUUAUUGCUCAUCAGAUGUGGAGCCUGUUAAGAUAAAGAAAUUCGAGCGAGUUCCCGAAGGCAUGAAAAAACAUAGCAUAGAAAAGCUUAUCGAGCAACAACCACUUACUUGCCGUGUUCGUCAUGUCCGUAGCCUUCAACAGCACCGCGGAGAGGAAAUAUACCAGGGCCCAAAUGAGGAUGAAGUUGAAGAAAUAGACAAAAGCAAUGAUAGAGGAGAUAAAGCAGGGUGGCACGCGAUGCUAAUCAUUGGGUACGGUGAAGAGAAAGGGGAGGAAUUUUACCUGGCGAAGAAUAGUUGGGGAUGA